UUAUUUGUGCGGUAUUUUUGUAAAUCAUUGAAAACGUAGCUAGAAACUCCCAACUGCUUUGUAUAAUACACACAAAAAGACAACACUAAAUAUACAUGCACAGACGCAAGUAUUUAUAUAUAUGUACUUAUAUAUGUUCCAUAAAAAUAUUUUUAAAAAUUCCACAGUUUCCUUCGCGAACAUCCCAAAGUAACGUUAAAGCUGAUAUGCACUCGAGCACGGAAAUUCACUAACUAUAUACACUAAAUAUACUCUGUAAUGUAAUUAAGGAAAUGUACUUAACGCUUCGAAAACUGACUAAUCCGCGCGCGGACAAUAAUGAAUGUAAUGUAAACAUGGAUGUGCGUACUUAAUUAAACAAAAUAUAUAUACACAAUAUCUAUACUACUGACCACAUACCACUUAUAUAUACACAUACAUUUAAAUAUAUGUAUAUGUAUGUAAAGCAGAGCUUGAGCAAUGAAUUGUUUAGCUUGUCAUUGAAAUCACAAUGUAAAUUAAAUUAUUUGAAAAAUCAGAAACAAAAUUCAAGAUCAAAAUUUGUAGUUUAAUUUGGUUUUUAAUUAAUUAAAUUCUGGCUCAAGGGUGAUCGAAGAUCAAUAGCGGCAUAUGUCGAGGAUUCGCUUGGAUCAGCAGUGGCUGAGUAGUUCUUCCAGCACCAGAUGGGCAACAAGGGCGAGAUAAUACAGAUACACAUCGGCCAGGCGGGCGUGCAGAUCGCAAAUGCAUGCUGGGAACUCUACUGCCUGGAGCAUGGCAUCCUCUCGAACGGCCGGCUGAUGAGCAAACCCUGCGACGAGUCCUUUCUCACCUUCUUCGAGUUCAGCGGCAUGGAGCCCUGUGUGCAGCCUCGUCUGGUCAUGAUUGACACGGAGCCAACGGUCAUAGAUGAGAUACGGACGGGUGCUUAUCGGAAUCUGUUUCAUCCGGACACGCUGAUCACGGGCAAGGACGACGCGGGCAGCAACUUCGCGCGCGGCUACAAUUUGAUGGCCAGCGAGCUGCUGGAUCGAGCCAUGAAUGCCAUCCGGCGCGUCGCCGAACGCUGCCGGAGCCUGCGCGGCUUCCUGGUCUUUCGCGCCAUUGGCGGCGGCACGGGCUCCGGCCUGGGCACGCGCAUAAUGGAGCAGCUGACCCAGGACUUUGGCAGGAAAAUGACCAUCGUCGAGUUCCUAGUGUAUCCCUCGCCUUCCAUCUCCCCGGUCAUUGUGGAGCCGUACAACGCGCUGCUGGCCGCCCACUUCUCCAUGGACUGUGCGGACGUGUCCUUCAUAGUGGACAACGAGGCACUGUACGACAUCUGUGCGAGUACCCUGAAUGUGCCCGCGCCCACCUACACCAACCUAAACCGCAUCAUAGGCCAAGUGGUGGCUGCGUUCACGGCGACGCAACGAUUCUCGGGCCAGUCGGUGAGCUUCCAGGAGCUGGAGACGAACCUGGUGCCGUAUCCGCGCAUUCACUAUCCCCUGAUCAACUAUGCCCCGCUGGUGCCCAUCACCCACUCGCAGUUCGUGAACAUGAGCACGGCCCAGCUGACUGGGCAGUGCUUCCACAUGAGCAACCAGAUGGUGCGCUGCAAUCCCAUCAAUGGCAAGUACAUGGCCUGCGUGCUGCUCUAUCGCGGCGACGUGGCGCCCAACGAGAUCAACUCGGCGCUGGAAGGCAUCAAGCGCUCAAAGUCCUUUCGGUUCGUAGACUGGUCGCCCACCGGCUUCAAGAUCGGCGUCAGCAACAUGCCCCCCGUCUACGUGCCCCACGGAGACCUGGCGCCUACGAGUCGCGCCUGUGUCGCCAUCUCGAACAACACGAACAUCCGGAUUGCCUGGUGCCGCCUGGUCAACAAGUUCGACAAGCUCUACCAGCGGCGAGCCUUCGUCUACCACUACGUGGGCGAGGGCCUCGAGGAGGGCAACUUCAACGAGGCCUCCGAGAACAUAUGCCAGCUGGUGCACGACUAUCUCGAGGUGGACGCCUCGGCACCCGUCUCCCAACGCGGCUCCGAGCACGGCUCUGAGGACUAAGCAACCUGUGCCCCGUCUCUUCAAGUGAAGCCCAAAACUCUUGUGGCACACGU